UAGUGGCACCCUCACCACAAAGGUACGUGUUUUUUUUUUUGGUCUUCUUUUUUUUUUUUGGCGCUUUCUUUACUUGUUCCAUUUUUCUGUCUCUAUUUCUACCUUUUAUCACUACUACGCCUUGUAUACUACAUACAUCUUGAAACAUAAUCCUACAUGCCAGACAUAUGUACCAGAUGAACAUUGUAACAUACCAGACUGGUUCUUGUGACUGAAUGCUGAAUGUCAGCUUGCCACAACUUGCCCACACCACACCUGACCCCGACCCGACCCGGCCUGACCUGUCCUUCUCCCGCUCUAACAUAUAACCUAACCACUUAUAACGUAAUAGGGUAAUGCCAGAAGUUCCUCAAAACAUGCAGCAAGGUCUACAGCGAAUGGAACUGGAAGCUCGAUCUGUCGACUCGAGAAAUCCAUCCUCACAAACAUCAGGAAAUGGUCCGCGACACUCACGCGAACCAUCUUUGUCGACUGUAUUGAACACUCAGGUUGGAGGGUUUGGGCAGCAAUACCAACAGGGUCGGAACCCCGCCACUGAUUACAGUCCCGCAUCCAACUUCGACAGCUCCACCUACAGUCCUUUUCACGAGACGCAGGACCGCAAUCCACAAUUCGAAAGGAACCUUCAGGAUAUGCGCGAAUUACCCUCAUUCUCCCCAUUCCCCAAAGUCCAAGGAGAACACAUACCUCCUAGCGAUGACGAGAAGGAAGCCGUCUUGGCUGAGAGCCGCGAACAUGUUCUUCACUCCAACGACCCCAAUAUGCAGAUUUGCUGGGCUCGCGAUGUCCUUUCAUACGUCGAGAUAGCCGCCGAGGCAGCCAUUCGGGAAGAGGAGGCCUUACGCGUUACUAACGAUCGAGAUCCCCCGCCGCGCGUGGCAACGCCUAAGAUUGAACAUGAGUUGCGCAUCGACGCUAUCAACAUAGUCUCUUACCUUGCUGACCAGGGUCAUCCCGAAGCUCUAUUCAUUAGAGGCAAGUGGCUCGAGUUCGGUAAGUUUGGCAAGCGACAGGAUAAGAAGGAAGCGUAUACAAGUUAUUCGACCGCUGCACAGGCUGGCUGGGGCCGUGCUGAUUAUCGAAUUGGUAUGCUAUUUGAGAACUCAAAUGACAUGGAGAAGGCUAUGAAUCAUUAUCGAUUGGGUAUGACUGCGAAGGACUCGGCAGCUUCAUAUCGACUGGGAAUGGUCAAUCUUCUAGGCCAGCGAGGCCAGCCCAAAGAUAUUCCCAGAGGACUGGAUCUGAUACAUUCCGCCGCUGAUACAGCCGACGAAGAUGCGCCUCAAGGCGCCUUCGUGUACGGAAUGCUUAUCGCGAGAGACCUCCCUGAUGUCGCGAUCCCCGAAGGAGUUUUGCCAUAUGAUAUUGGUGUUGCUCGGCAGUAUAUCGAAAAGGCUGCCUAUCUCGGCUUUGCUAAGGCCCAACUGAAGAUGGGACAGGCUUACGAGUUGUGCCAGCUCGGCUGCGACUUUAAUCCGGCCCUAUCGUUACACUACUAUGGUCUCGCUGCCAGACAAGGCCAGCCUGAGGCAUGUCUAGGUGUCAGCAGAUGGUUUUUAUUUGGAUAUGAGGGGACCUUUGCCAAGAAUGAGAUUCUUGCCUUCAAGUACGCCCAGCUAGCCGCUGCGACUAAGCUACCAACUGGUGAGUUCGCAAUGGGCUACUACUACGAAAUCGGAAUAUCGGUGGACAAGGAUCUGCGAGAGGCCCGGAAGUGGUACGAGUUAGCAGCGGAGCAUGGUAAUAAGGACGCCGUAGGACGGUUGGAGAGUCUCUCGCAGUCUAAGACACUAUCGAAGCAAGACCACGAGACUACGGCGUUGACGAGAAUCAAGUCAAAGCACGGUUCUCAGCGAGGCAACAGACCUGAACGUUUUACCAAACCGAAUAAUGUUAUGCCAGCAGUAUCGGAAGACCAGAAUUCGCCCCGAGCGUCUCCUCAUCCAUCUCCUAGAGUGCCAACUUUCAACCAGACCGAUAUGCCUGAUAUGUCUCGACUUGGUUUAAGCGGUGGUAACCGUCCCCCAGCCUUUACUGUAAACCUUCCCGAAAGGUCACAAUCAGCAGCCCCGUACCCCGAAGAUGACAGACCAUCGAAUUCGUCGAUGCGCCCAGUAUCUGCUGCUGUACCCUACCCGGAAGACGAUAUGUCAAAGCCGCAGCUGUCGCCCCACUUCAAAUCAGGCAUUCGGCCGUCUGCAGGCCCAGUCGCGGACCGCCCAGGAAGUUCCUUUGGAAUUCGAACGCAAUCUCCGGGCCACCCCGGAGGUUUACACACUUCCCAAUCUGCCGGUCAACUCCCCAUUCCUCCUGCUGGGAUGGACCCGAACCGUGGUCGGCCAGUCUCUGCUACUUGGCAACCACAGGCCCCAGCCGGUUAUCGGCAGCCCAGCCCAGGACCUAGAGGUCAAGCCCGUCCCGUCACGGGACAGUUUGAUACACGGCCACCUCCGCAGGGGUAUGACCAACGACCCGGAUCGGGCCACAACCGACUCACUAAGCAAGGACCCCCACCAGGCCAGUACCCAGGUGGGUAUGGCCCGAGAGAAUCAUCUAUGCCAAUGCCGCAUGCUCCUGGCCCGAGGGCUUCUUCCGGCCCCUAUGACCACGGCGGCCGGGUUCCAACGAUGUCUACUCCGACUAUGAGUGGUGGCCUUGGACCUCGCAAUAGUUCCAUGCCAAUGGGACUGCCUCAAGGAGGUCCCGGUGGCCAGAGAAUAUCCAGCGGCGGCCGACCUGGACCUGGAGUACCGUUAAAGGAGCGACCUGGUCCAGCAGCGGAUCACGUAGGCCGUGCAAGCGCACCACCCCAACCCGGACGGACAGCACUGGCGAGUCCGCCCCCCAACACGCCCGGCUCAGCCGCUUCGGCCCCUGCCUCAAAACCAGGGUCCAAAGUUAACCAGGGCCCUUCCACCUUUGAGGAAAUGGGUAUCCCUCAAGGAAAGCAAAACGACGACUGUGUUGUUAUGUAACGUGUCACGUUUUAUGCCUGACAUAUAUUGGCAGUGGCUUUCCUGACUUAUACAUAUGAUACCAUUUUGUUUGAAAUGCACACAAGCCACAUGCAAGUCCUGGCCAUUCCCCAAACGAAGACGUCUCGACCAGCAUUUCUCAGUUGGGUUAAUACACAACAGCCCGCUGGAUUAGUGCAAGGUAUAGGAUACGACUAUAGCAGUCCGUGGAUCUAUUGCAUUGUAGAUCAAGGCAUUAGAUGCCUGGAAGUAGACUUGCGAACAAACUAAGGUGGCUUAGGUACAUAUAGGAAAUUUAUGAGAGAUUUCCAUUGUGCAGAUGAUUAUUCAUGCUUUACUUGCUAGCUUGCUGUGAGAAUAUAGAGUCUUGUGCCCAGGACAUGUGCUAAGGAUUAGAUCUCAUAAUAGAAGAAAACUUGCCUUUAUUUUGA